GCAACUUAGUUGAAUUUAGGGUUCAUAGGAAGAAUCACAAGAGAAUUUGUAUAGACAAUGGGUUCACGAGGUGCCAAUGUUCUGCUUUCCAGAGCUAACAGAAUCAGGCAAAAGCUGCAGUCUGGUCUGGAAGCAAGUGUUUUGGAAAUUGAAGAUGUUUCAUAUCAGCAUGCCGGUCAUGCAGGUGUUCAAGGAGAUGCAAAUGAGACUCACUUUAACAUUAAGAUUGUCUCUUCAAAGUUUGAAGGGCAGACCCUAGUGAAACGUCAUCGAAUGGUAUAUGAACUUCUAGGUGAUGAACUGAAAUCUGGACUUCAUGCUAUCUCCAUUGCUGCAAAAACUCCACAAGAGUCAGGGUCAGCCAAUGUCUAGUUCAAGGGCACAGAGACAAUUACCAACCUUGUAAUGAAUUAAUUACAUUUACAUGACUUGCACAUUCUACAUUAUGAAUUAAGCCCAUUGUACUUUGUACUUUGUUGUGAAGGCCUUAUCAGAAUUUUCAUGACUUUUA